ACGAAGAGGGAGAGGGAGGAGAGAGCGCCGAAGCAGGAAGGAAGGCGGAGAGAAGGAAAGCGAGGCAGGCUGUGAAUGCUAACAAGCCCCGUGGUAAUCGCCCACAGCUUCCCAAACAUGUUGUAAUGGAGAGAAAGGACGAGGACCAUUAAGCGAACUACUAUGCACGAGCGGCUCGGUCUCCUCCCGGUGCUGCUGCCUCACAACCAUCCGCACGUUUGCGCUUAUGAGUAGAAAAAACGAAACAAAAAACAAACGUCUGUGUGAAAUGUAUCGCGACUGCUCGGGGACCACAUUGUGACAAUGGAGAUUGAAAAUAUCGUGGCCAACACGGUUCUCCUCAAGGCGAGAGAAGGUGGAGGAGGGAAGAGGAAUGGUCGAAGUAAGAAAUGGAAAGAAAUGCUAAAACUACCCCAUAUAAGCCAGUGUGAGGAGCUGCGUUGCAUUAUUGAGAGGGACUAUACUAGUCUAUGUGAGAAGCAGCCUAUUGGUCGGCUUCUAUUUCGUCAGUACUGUGACACCAGGCCAGAGCUGAAGCGCUGCAUCGAAUUCAUGGACGCCGUGGCCACGUAUCAGUUAGCUCCUGAUGAGAAGCGGAGGGACUGCGGAUUGAAUGUUUUAGACACUUACUUCAAUAAUGGGUCGGCAGCCCAUCUGCCCGGCGUACCUCAAGAUGUGGUCGCUGGGUGCCGGGAGAGACUUGAACAGAGUCCUUGUAAGGAGCUCUUCAAUGACUGCACCAAAAUAGUUCGUGAUUAUCUAAGUGGCGCACCAUUUUCCUCCUACCAGGAGUCCAUGUACUUCUCUCGCUUCCUGCAAUGGAAAUGGUUGGAGAGGCAACCAGUAACCAAAAAUACCUUCAGACAUUACAGAGUACUAGGAAAAGGUGGAUUUGGCGAGGUUUGUGCCUGCCAAGUGCGCGCCACCGGUAAGAUGUACGCCUGUAAAAAGCUGGAAAAGAAACGAGUGAAGAAAAGAAAAGGUGAAGCAAUGGCACUAAACGAAAAACGAAUUUUAGAAAAAGUUAACAGUAGUUUUGUAGUUAGUUUAGCAUAUGCCUAUGAGACCAAGGAUGCCCUGUGCCUGGUGUUGACGAUAAUGAACGGUGGUGACUUAAAAUUCCACAUCUACAACAUGGGCAACUCUGGAUUUGACGAGCAGAGAGCCAUCUUUUACGCUGCUGAGAUCUGCUGUGGCCUUGAGGACCUGCACCGUGAGAGAAUAGUUUACAGGGAUUUGAAACCUGAAAACAUCCUUUUGGAUGAUCGUGGUCACAUCCGCAUUUCAGACUUGGGUCUUGCUGUGCAAAUUCCCGAAGGAGAGACGAUACGAGGGAGAGUAGGCACUGUUGGAUACAUGGCUCCUGAGGUAAUCCAGAAUGAGAGUUACACCUUCAGUCCAGACUGGUGGGGUCUGGGCUGUCUUAUCUUUGAGAUGAUCCAAGGCCAGUCACCCUUUCGCAAGCGCAAAGAACGUGUCAAGCGGGAGGAGGUGGACAGACGAGUGCGUGAGGAUCAGGAGGAGUACUCUGAUAAGUUCUCUGAAGAAGCAAAAGAUAUCUGCCGACAGCUGCUGGCUAAAGAUCCCAAGACUCGUCUUGGUUGUGAGGGUCGCGGUGCCAUAGAGGUCAAGCAGCACUCCAUCUUCAGGAACAUCAACUUCAAACGAUUGGAAGCAAACAUGCUAGAACCUCCUUUCAGCCCUGAUCCUCGGGCUGUGUACUGCAAAGACGUCCUCGACAUCGAGCAGUUCUCCACUGUCAAAGGUGUGAACCUUGACCCCACCGAUGACGACUUCUACCACAAGUUUGUCACAGGGAGUGUCUCCAUCCCGUGGCAAAAUGAGAUGAUUGAAAUGGAGUGUUUCAAAGAAAUCAAUGUCUAUGAGACUGAUGGGACAUUGUGUCCAGACCUGGACAUGAACCGGCCUAACCCUCCACCAAAGAGAGGCUUCUUCUACCGCCUGUUUAGAAGAGAGGCAAGUGCUAAUGCUCCGGCAACUCUCCGAGGGGGUGGGGGCUAAGGUCUGUUUUAAGAGCGGUUACAGUGACGACGAGUUUGAGGAGCCCUCGCGACUUUAAACCACUCCCUUCACUCGCCAAAACAUCCCCAACUCCCUUACCCCCUCACCCUUUGCCGCUGAUCUUCAUAAACUCCAGCCGAGUGCAAAUCUUAGGAACUCAGUGAAUGUUGACCUGUAUUUAUGAGCUGUAUUAAAAGUGUAUUAUAAUUAAAGAAAAAAAGUAUGAGUUUAAAGAUUUUGUACCUUUGUACUUGAAUUUAUGUCUAGAUGUAUAUUUUCACUAAAGGUUGUAUUGUACAAAAGCCAUAAAAGUACCACUUGAAUGCAUACAUUACAUUUUAUUGUCUUUGGAAAUGAGUACGGAUAAUCUUUCUUUGGGCAGUUUUUUUUUUAUUUUUAUUUUUUUUAAUUUUUUUUACGAAGCACAGUACAAUUUAUCUUUACUUUUCUCAAUGUAGCAUAAGGCAUUUUUUAUUUUUACGUGUGCUGUAUGUUUCAAAUUGAUUUGGCCAAUGACAUGUUUUUAGCACAUCAGAUAUACUCUAUCCCAAAAUUAACCCUUGUUGCCUCCUUAACCCUCAUGGCCCAGGUAUAUCUGAAUGAAUUCUAUCAAUAAUGCAGAAUAAAUCUGUUAAUAACUGCUGUUGUUUCCCAGAAAUUUUAUAGUACAUUACCCAAGUCCCUCCCGCCCCAUCCUCUUGAUUGAAGGUUAAGUAUGGAACAUGUACAGUAUACCUCUUCCCAAGUUGUGCAGGUCUAGACGGCAUGUUUGGCGUUUUGCUAGUAUGUGUUCCGUGUGCCGGUGCCAACUUCUCAAGCACAGGUGACAGUGAUUUUUUUUAUUAUAAUUUUUUUUUCCUGACAGCUUUUGGUCAGAGUGUCCAACAAAAGCCCCUCAACAGUCCAAAGCCUGUGAAUUCAAAGGCCCACAAUAGUAAUAUCAGAUGUCAGACCUUGUUUCCCCUCUGGAGCACAACUCUUAAGUAAAUGUCUGUUAUUAAUCCUGCAAGCAGAGCAAUGUGGGAUUUCAUUAUUCCUGGCCCCUUUUUAUGCUUUACUCCUAUCCUUCUCCUGAUGUGUCUAACCUUUGUUAUUGUUAUAACCUUUCUCUCGAAACUCUUCUUCUCAAUGUUUUGCUGCCCAAGUCAUUGAAUUUUAGAUACCUAAAUUGAUGCCGUAAUAUGAAAAAUCUGAUAUGCAGCUGACGAGUGCGACAUCUUAGUAAAACACCUCUGUUGAAUAAAAUGAACCACCAUCACUUCUGUCAGUAACUGUUAGCAUCUGCACUCAGUCGAGAAUAGAGCUUCUGUACAGUAGAUCAUAAAUAGCUUGCCAGAUAGCCUACUAGCAGAGGAUAUGCAGCUACAGUGGGUAUGGAAAGUAUUCAGACCCCCUUAAAUGUUUCACUCUUUGUUAUAUUGCAACCAUUUGCUAAAAUCAUUGGGUUUUUUUCCCCUCAAUGUACACACAGCACAUAUUGACAGAAAAAAAAAAAAAAAAAAACUGAAUUGUUGAAAUUUUUGCAGAUUAAAAAAGGAAAACUGAAAUAUCACACAGCCGUAAGUAUUCAGACCCUUUGUUCAGUAUUUAGUAGAAGCAGCCUUUUGAGCUAAUACAGUCAUGAGUCUUUUUGGGAAUGAUGCAACAAGUUUUUCACACCUGGAUUUGGGGAUCCUCUGCUAUUCCUCCUUGCAGAUCAGUCAGGUUGGAUGGUGAAAGUUGGUGGGCAGCCAUUUUCAGGUCUUUCCAGAGAUGCUCAAUUGGGUUUAAGUCAGGGCUCUGGCUGGGCCAUUCAACAACAGUCACGGAGUUGUUCUGAAGCCGCUCCUUCGUUAUUUUAGCUUUGUGCUUAGGGUCAUUGUCUUGUUGGAAGGUGAGCAUUUGGCCCAGUCUGAGGUCCUGAGCACUGGAAUGAGUGUGUUUUCGUCCAGCAUAUCCCUGUACUUGGCCGCAUUCAUCUUUCCUUCGAUGGCAACCAGUUGUCCUGUCCUUGCAGCUGAAAAACACACCCACAGCAUGACGCUGCCACCACCAUGCUUCACUGUUGGGACUGUAUUGGACAGGUGAUGAGCAGUGCCUGGUUUUCUCCACACAUACUGCUUAGAAUUAAGGCCAAAAAAUUCUAUCUUGGUCUCAUCAGACCAGAGAAUCUUAUUUCUCACCUUCUUGGAGUCCUUCAGGUGUUUUUGAGCAAACUCCAUGCGGGCUUUCAUGUGUCUUGUACUGCGAAGAGGCUUCCGUCGGGCCACUCUGCCAUAAAGCCCCGACUGCAGUGAUGGUUGACUUUCUAGAACUUUCUCCCAUCUCCCAACUGCAUCUCAGGAGCUCAGCCACAGAGAUCUUUGGGUUCUCCUUUACCUCUCUCACCAAGGCUCUUCUUCCCCAAUUGCUCAGUUUAUUCGGACGGCCAGCUCUACGAAGGUUUCUGGUCGUCCCAAACCUCUUCCAUUUAAGGAUUAUGGAGGCCACUGUGCUCUUAGGAACCUUGAGUGCAGCAGAAAUCUUUUUGUAACCUUGGCCACAAUUCUGACUCACAUUCACACCUCCGGGCAAUUUAGAGUCUCCAAUUCAUGCAUGUUUUUGGGAUGUGGGAGGAAACCGGAGAAAACCCACGCAGGGACGGGGAGAACAUGCAAACUCCACACAGGCGGGGCCGGGGAUUGAACUGUGAGGCAGACGCUCUAACCAGUCGUCCACUGUUCCCCCUGUGAUAUUUCAGUUUUUCUUUUUUUAAUAAAUCCGCAUACGUUUUUACAAUUUCAUUUUUUUUUCGGUCAAUAUAGAGUGCUGUGUGUACAUUGAGGGGGAAAAAUAGCUUAAAUUAUUUUAGCAAAUGGCUCCAAUAUAACAAAGAGUGAAAAAUUUAAGGGGGUCUGAAUACUUUGCAUACCCACUGUAUAUUCAGUGACUUAAGCUGUUUAUGCUAGAUCAGGAGAGCUCUGUUUGUUGUAAUAGCGCACAACAUUUACUCUUCCAUUAAAGACAGAGUAGUAUGUUCUCUCUUGGAAAUGACUAGUUUGAGGUGCUUUUUAUGUGUGGAAAAAGGCAAAAAUAUAGGAUUUGAACCCCUUCCAGUUCCAACAAAACUGAAUAUAGGGGUUAGCUGAUCUUGUUCUCUUUGGGACUUGAUUUUGGUGUAUACGGUUGCUCUCAGAAGCUUUUGAAGUUUAGAGUUGUCCUUUCAGUGUAACUUCCGACCAUCCGUUUUUAAUGCUGUGAAUACUCAGUUUAUAAUCAUUAGCUUACUGUGUACAUUAAAUUGUAUAAAAAUGAAACUUUUGUUCAGUUCAGUGCAUUAAAUCAAGUUUGAUCUGACCUAAUGACGAACUUCAGUCAGUUUAAGUUCAUUUAGUUUCUACAGUAAUCAAUUCUCAUUAGUUUCAUUAAAAUAAAAUAAAUAAAUAAAGCAAAUUGUCUGCAUUUCUUUCCAAAUUCAUAGUUUGUAAUCAUGGAGGGACUUUAUGUGCACAGAAUUUCUGUAUUUGCAUAUAUGUGACUGUGUGUAUAUAUAUUACUCCUCCUAGUUUGGUUUUCUCUUGUUCUAAAAAAUGUCUGCCAUUGCACAUUCCAUUAUGAUGAUUCAAAUGUGCCAUGUACCUGCUGCUGGCUUGAGUCAUUUUGUUUCUAUUUGUUGCUCUCGGGCAUGCUCUGAUGCUGACUCUCUUGCCUUUGUAGAUUUGAUCCUUUUUAGUACUUCUAGCCUCAAAAACUUUGUACAUUAAAAACUAAGCUGUAAAACCCAUUUGCUCUAAUAGAGAAACUAAUGGCUGCACCUACAUAAUUCAUCUGCAAUGGUCAGUACUAAUUACUCCACCUAACAUUCAUUGCACUCGGAUGUUUUUUGCCAGUGAUACCAAAAAAGAAAAUUUCAUCAAAUGAAAUGUGUAUUAUCUGAAAAUAUAAGUGAGGACAGACUGUCUUCAUAGUAUGUGCCAAUUGCAAGAAGUAAAUUUGUGACAUUAUACCUUUUUCACAUUUCAUGUGUCCUUCUGUCCAUUCAGAGAGAAUUUCGUUCACAUAAACUUUAAACUGCUCAAAGGUUUUGAAUGUUCGCACUAAGUGCAUUGUAAUUCCUGUUUUAGAGAAAUAUGUUUUAUUACGCAAGCAUGUAUUGGUUUGUCAUACAUCAGGUUCCUUGUAUAUGUAAAUGAUGACUUUUUAGUGCCAAGAUAUCUUUGGUAUAUGAGGACAGUUUAAAAUGACAAGGUGACCCGCACACAUGGCCUUGUUUGAAUACAUUGAAUUCAUUCCUUCUUUGAUAGGGAUUUAGCCCUUCAAAACUGGGAUUACCUGCAACAGAAACAUUUGAGGUAGAGAUCCUCAAUUCCUUGAUGUCUGGGGUCGAGUCAAUAUAAGCCUGGAGAACCACUUGGGGUUUCUCAUACUGUCUAGACAUGUUAGCAUAAAGAAAUUUCAAGGAACGCUUGUAUUCCAACAGGGCCUGGGACUUUUUUUUUGUUUGUUUUUUUCUUUUUCCCCUUUUGUACCUGUACAGUCAUGUUGUUCAACCACUGCAGUCAUUGUUAAUUCUUGUACAAGUUGUAUCACUGGUUGUUGUACCAUAUCUUACAUUUGUAAUUAUGAAACAAUACACUGCCGUUUGUAUAGAAUUUACCUGUGUCCUGACUGAUUAGUGUGUUAUUUUCUAUUAGUGAAAAGGGGCAGACAUGAUAUAGUCAUUGUUUGGCUUGAACUAUUUUAAAAUUAGGCGAAGCAGAAGCAUGCGAUGUCACAGAUACUGUAUUCUCCUAUGAAAUGUAAGUACCACCUCAAAAAAUACUUGCCUCUCUGAGUACUACCAUAGUGAUCAACAUUGGAAUACAACGGCGUAGUAGGCCCAAGUGUGCAUAAACAACGAGGCGGGUUUUAUUCCUAAAAGACAUGUUUAAUAAUGUUGUAAUGCCCAGAUCAGA